CUCCACAAUAGAAAUCUGUAAGCAAGCAAAUACUUUUUCACAGCAAUAUCCCUACACUUUUGUUUUUAGAGCUUUCCUUCAUUCAAAGCUGUCCAACAUCUCUCAGCAUAUUAAAAACGGCCACUGUCAUUAAAUCUGCUGUCCUGGCACUGAUGACUGACAUUGUUCAGACAACCGAUGCCUCGUUUUGUGUGUAGGAGGAGCUCAAAGAACUGACAGCUUGUCACCACCUCUCUGUGUCCAAGGAGAGCUGAAAGAGAAGACCUCUAAGUAAAAGGAGGAAAAGAUUGAGCUUAUGCACUUAAUACUGAGUUAAUGAAGCUACAUGGCUGCAUCACUGGUGUUCAGGCUGCAUGACAAAGGUCCACAGCUGGUGAGGGAAGUUCUCCUGGAACGAGGAUGGAAAGAAUAUGAUGAAAGAAAACGCAAAGAGGAAGACUGGAACCUCUACUGGCGGGGGUCUCCUUUUCAUAGCUCAGACUAUCACAGACUGCUGCCAUGGCAACACCUCAAUCACCAUCCCAAAACUGCAGGCAUCACACGAAAGGACUCAUUGGUACGCAACCUGAGGAGAAUGAGGGCAACAUUUGGUUCGGUUCUCUAUGACUUCAGUCCGACCACCUUCAUCCUUCCCAACGACUACACGCGUUUCCUGGCUGAAUAUAACAAACGGCUUCCUAACAGAGAACGCUCUACCUGCUGGAUUUGUAAGCCAGUGGACCUCUCCAGAGGUCGAGGGAUUUUCCUUUUCCAGGACAUGAAAAACUUGGUCUACGACUGCUCAGUAAUUGUACAGAGGUACAUCAGCAGCCCUUUGCUGAUGUCAGGCUACAAGUUCGACCUGAGGAUUUAUGUGUGUGUGAAAAGCUUCCAUCCACUGACUGUUUAUAUCCAUCAGGAGGGGCUGGUGCGUUUCGCCACUGAGAAAUAUAACCUCUUGUCUCUGUCUAACGUGUACGCUCACCUGACUAACACCAGUAUCAAUAAGUGUGGUCCCUUCUAUAAAACCCAAAAAGGACAGGUCGGUACAGGGUGCAAGUGGACCAUGAGCAAGUUCAGGCAUUUCCUUCAGGGCCAAGACAUUAACGAGCUCUUUUUGUGGCAAAGGAUCAACAACAUUGUCACGCUGACCCUCCUCACCAUCGCUCCGUCCGUACCGUCCUGUCCAAACUGCGUGGAGCUCUUUGGCUUUGACGUCCUCAUUGACAGCAGGUUUAAGCCCUGGCUUCUGGAGGUCAACCACAGUCCAUCACUGAGUCUGGACUGCCAAACUGACUUUUCAGUGAAGAAGGGGCUGAUCACUGAUCUGGUCGAUUUGAUGAAUUACACAUCAGCUGACAGCCUAAGGGACAGAGCCUUUCAGACACAAAGAAAUAUCCGGCCUUGUUUCAAUGCCAACCUCUCAAAACCUAUUGCAUUAGUCUCCAAGCUUAAAGACCACAACUUUAAGAAGAAAAAUAAAAAAUCCUUGCAAAUUCAACAUGAAAAGAUAAAUCAAGCAAAGUUCAGCCAGCAUGACUCUGUAGCUGCCUACCAAAGACACCUUCCACCUGUUGUGACCAGGUACAGUGAAGUUAACACCCCAGCAGGGAAAUUCUGCACCGGUCAGACCUUAAACUGGAUACUUGGCUCAUACUCAAAGGCAAAUGAUUCUGUGGUGAAAACCGGUCCAGCUCUUUUGUCACACCAGAUGAAAUAUGGCCCUUGGGUUACUGAGGUCACAAACAGAGAGAACACUGAGACAGAUGCUGAAACUGAGCUCUCAGCAGAGAACAAGGUUUCCUCUUCAGUGCCUGACACUCAGGGCAGAAGGUCAACAUUCAGACUACCUACAGAUUCCUGGAGGUUUCCAGACAUUUACAGAAGGAGUCAGAGGGUUCAUGUUCAAGGACCUAAAGCUCAGACUGGACAACAUAUUCCUCCAAUCAGAGUUGGAGGCUUCAUACGGACAUUCCCAUUUAACCUGGCAACCCUAAAGGCAUCUCAGGAAAAACUGGAUGUCCCGGUUAUCUUACAGGAGCUUCAGAAGCUGACUGGUCGAGUGGCUUCAGGCCAGUGGGAUGACUCAAAACGGACGAAAGAGGAGGAGACGGAUGUUGAAGUCUGCUUUGAUUCAUUACUGUGGGGCCCAGAAGACCCGCUGCUGCUCAGUCGAUGGUUUGAAACCACUUCAGAUAUGCAAGACAGAAAAAAAAACUGAUCCAAAACAAAGCCUUUCUACAGAGCAUUUUACCUUCUCGGUUAGCUGAGGUCUGAUGUGUUUUUAUUGGGUAUGUGUUUCAAUAUACAACCCAAUUCCAGUUUGUUUUUAUUUACGUUUUACACAACAUCCAAACCUGAGUAGAAUAAUUUGCAAAUCCUGUUCAACCAAUAUGUAAUUGAAUCCACUACAAAGACAAGAUAUUCAAUGUUCAAACUGAUAAACUUUAUUGUUUUCGCAUAAUAGGUUUCAAAACAGCUGGGACAGAGGCAUGUUUACCACUGUUACAUUACCUUUCCUUUUAACAACACUCAAUCAGGAUUUUGAACUGAAGAACCUACUUGUUUAAGGCUUUGUAGGUUGAAUUAUUUCCCAUUCUUGCUUUAUGUACAACUUCAACUGCUCAACAGUCUGAGGUCUCUUGCAUAAUACUACUCCUGCAUAAUUUUAAACAAAUUGUCCAAUUCUUAAAUCUAAGCAAGUUAUUCAUACUCACACUCGUAAAUUAUCAGGAAUUUGAUUCGUUCUAGCUCACAAUCUUUUCUUAACCAUAGUCUCAAUGAAAUUGCGUGUCUUGUGUUUUUGUGUUUAAUGUGAGAAAUGUCAUUAAAUGGCUAAAAUGCUGUGAUUUGUAAGAAAUAAAAAUCAUGAAGUGGAUGAGGAACAAUG